AUGGUGCGUCGCAGGGAAGGCUACCCCUUCUCACGCUCUCCCGCGCGACCGUCGUGCGCUGCCUCACACCACCCACCUCUCACCUCCCACCGCUGCCCUCCGCGCCCCUCUCCGGGCUGCAUGAUCUCCCCGUACCGUCCAUCCGCUGCCCUUCCUCUCCGCCCCGUCCGUCAGCUCCUGCGCGCAGUUGCUCUGCCCCUCCAUUCACACCUUUCUCCACCGCUCUCCACCGCGCGCAGGUCGUUCUUCGCGUCGGCGAUGGGGUCGUGGGCGCUGUUUGGGCCGCCCAGCUACUGCCUGACGGCGGGCGCCAUGGGCACGCUCGUGUACGCGGUGUGCGCGGGGCUGCCCGUGCUGCUCGUGGCGUGCGUGGGCGCCGCCGUGCACCGCCUCGUGCCGAACGUGGUGUCCAUGGCCGACUAUGUGCGCCGCCGCUUCGGCCUUGGAGCACGUCCAUGGCAAGGCAACACUGGUGACCGCCUCGCCCAUGCCAUGGCGCGCCCAUGGCUCCGGGCUGUGAGGGAGGGAGAGGGGCACAAGGGGCAGAGGUCGAACGCUUUUGGCUCCGAGCCCCAGGUGGUGAUGCCCCGUUCUCAGUGCGUCCGGCCUGUGUGUGGCGUUGCUCUGCUGUGGCCGCCAUCACUCCACCCGCUGCAUGCUGCUCUCGCUCUCCCUCCUCCAACACUCCCGCCCACCACUUGGUGCCGCUGCACACUUCCGUCUGUCCUGUGGCGCGCCUCGUGUCGUCAGCACGGUGGCAUGUGCACAGCAGUCACAGACGGGGCGUGCUGUGCUGCCACCUCAACGCACACCAUGCGUUUCCUGCCUUCACAUUCCCUCCCCCCCCUAUCUCUCUGCACCCAACAACAUCACGGCAGCCCGUUCGCGGUGUACAUAUCACUGUUGGCGGUGGGCAACAUGGGGGUGGCGAUGGCGGCGGAGUACACGGCGCUGGGCGACCUCUUCCACCGCCUGCUGCACGCACCCCGCCUGCCCAUCGUCAUGCUCACAGCCGCCACCGCCAUGCUCUACACCGCUGCCGGCGGGCUCUACGUCUCCAUCCAGGCCCUGGCGAGUCUAAUCUUCACAGCACUGCUCACGGCACACGUGCUCCUCAACUUCCCCUCGCCACUCCCACCGCUGCCCCCUGCCCUGGGGUGGUCGAACCCGCGGGGGGUGGAGGCGGUGCUCUUCAUGCCGCUCUCGCUGCUCGCCACCACGCUCUUCAACGAGGCCAUGUGGCAGCGCUGCUGGGCGUCAGCGAGCGCGGCGGCGCUGCUGGGGGGAGCAGCGCUGGGAGCAGGUGCCAUCACGGCCGUCGUGGGGCUGCUGGGCUUCGCCGGUCUGCUAGCAGCGUGGAGCGGUGUGUACGAGCCGGAAGGCCCGGACGACAGCGGCAACACCAUCCUCUUCUCGCUGUUCCGCGGGCACCCAUGGGCGCUGGUGGCGGUGGCGCUGCUGGCCGUCACCAUGAGCGAGUCCGCUGUGGACUCGCUGCAGAACGCCACCGUUGACGCCGUCGCCGCCCUCCUGCUCGCCCACCCCUCCUGCUCUGCCAGCAGCAAGCGCCGCGUGCAUGAUAAAGAGGGCGGGCAGGGCAGCGUGCAGCGGCAGGAGGAGGCGAGGCUGACACAGGUGCAGUGCACGGAGCAUGUGGAGGCAGGAGGUGGUGCGAGAGAGGCAUCUCAACCUCAACACACGGACCCAUUUCCCCUCGUUCACCGCACCUUGCUAACUCCUUCCUCCUUUCCCACUGCCUGCCCUCUUCUUGCUGGUGCUACCACGGUGCACGCGCCACCUGCCUCUGCCACUCAUCCUGAUCCCGUCCCAUCCGCCUUAGCCCCUCCCCACCAUGGGCCUGGCCUCACCAUCUCCUCUAUCCGAGCCCUCGUUCUCAUCCUCAAUAUACCGCCACUGCUCGUCUCGCUACAAGGCUUCAACGUGCUACAGCUCUUCCUCCUCGUGAACCUCAUCAACACCACGUCCUUCCUGCCUCUGCUGCUCGGCGUGCUGCAAGGCCCCCUCUCCCGUGUCUGCAUCACCCCUGCAUCUUCUGCAACUGGCUGCGCCUCUGGCCUUCUCGCCCUUGUGGUCUGGGCCAAGUCACAACAGCGCCCCGGGGAGACCUAUGUUGAGUCUUUGGCUCGGACGUUUCUAGACGCGUACGAUUAUCCUCCCUAUCUGAUUGCUGUAGGGUUUUCCGCUGUGGGGAUGGCUGUAGGUCCGUCGGAUUCCACGCCGCUUAAGCCACAGAGCGAGUCGUCCGAAGCUCCCCCGCACGGCGGCGCAGAUGCCGCCGCGAGCCACGCGCCGGCCUCCGGCCUACCCGCCUUUCAGUACGCCCACCACCCGCACCACCCCCCCGCGCGCGGGGCGUAUCCGCCGCAGUUCCCGCCUCCCCCGGGCUGCCCGUCCGCCGUGGUGGUGGUGGCGCACGGGGCGAGCGGCGGCGAGUUCCCCGUGUUCUCGCCGGCUCCCAUCCCCGGGCUCUACAUGCUGCCGCCGCGGGUGCCGCCCUCGCCGGAUAUGGUCAUCCUCGGCUACGAGACCUGCGCGCCGCCUACGGGGUGCUGUGCGACGGCGACGCUGAGCGGCGUGGGGUGGCUGGCGGCGAUCGUGGCGUUCAUCUUCUGCUGGCCGCUCACCUGCCUGCCCUGCUGCAUCCCGCAGCUGCACGAGGUACGCCUCAUUCCGCAGCUGCAGGAGGUACGCCUCAUCCCGCAGCUGCACGAGGUACGCCUCAUCCCGCAGCUGCACGAGGUACGCCUCAUCCCGCCGCUGCACGAGGUACGCCUCAUCCCGCCGCUGCACGAGUUGAAUGAGAGGAGGCUUACACUCUCCUCACACCCCUUACACUCUCCUCACACCCCUUGCACUCUCCUCACACCCCUUGCACUCUCCUCACACCCCUUGCACUCUCCUCACACCCCUUGCACUCUCCUCACACCCCUUGCACUCUCCUCACACCCCUUGCACUCUCCUCACACCCCUUGCACUCUCCUCACACCCCUUGCACUCUCCUCACACCCCUUGCACUCUCCUCACACCCCUUGCACUCUCCUCACACCCCUUACACUCUCCUCACACCCCUUGCACUCUCCUCACACCCCUUGCACUCUCCUCACACCCCUUACACUCUCCUCACACCCCUUGCACUCUCCUCACACCCCUUGCACUCUCCUCACACCCCUUGCACUCUCCUCACACCCCUUGCACUCUCCUCACACCCCUUGCACUCUCCUCACACCCCUUGCACUCUCCUCACACCCCUUGCACUCUCCUCACACCCCUUGCACUCUCCUCACACCCCUUGCACUCUCCUCACACCCUUGCACUCUCCUCACACCCCUUGCACUCUCCUCACACCCCUUGCACUCUCCUCACACCCCUUGCACUCUCCUCACACCCCUUGCACUCUCCUCACACCCCUUGCACUCUCCUCACACCCCUUGCACUCUCCUCACACCCCUUGCACUCUCCUCACACCCCUUGCACUCUCCUCACACCCCUUGCACUCUCCUCACACCCCUUGCACUCUCCUCACACCCCUUGCACUCUCCUCACACCCCUUGCACUCUCCUCACACCCCUUGCACUCUCCUCACACCCCUUGCACUCUCCUCACACCCCUUGCACUCUCCUCACACCCCUUGCACUCUCCUCACACCCCUUGCACUCUCCUCACACCCCUUGCACUCUCCUCACACCCCUUGCACUCUCCUCACACCCCUUGCACUCUCCUCACACCCCUUGCACUCUCCUCACACCCCUUGCACUCUCCUCACACCCCUUGCACUCUCCUCACACCCCUUGCACUCUCCUCACACCCCUUGCACUCUCCUCACACCCCUUGCACUCUCCUCACACCCCUUGCACUCUCCUCACACCCCUUGCACUCUCCUCACACCCCUUGCACUCUCCUCACACCCCUUGCACUCUCCUCACACCCCUUGCAACCUCCACCGCUUAUGCACUCCCACACACAUGCACGUGCGCCCACACUCUCAUACCUGCUCGUCACCCACCCCCCCUCCCCCCCACCCUCUUUUGCCCCCCACAGAGGUGCCAGCGCCCUGUGUUCGGCUACCCUCCUGCUGAUCCCGCCCCUGGCUUCCCCGCAGCCCCUCUCUGA